ACAAGCGCCAUAUGAAGGAGCAGAGAAAGAGAUAAGCUGUUUAAGGUUCGGUUGGGAACAAUGCUAGCAACCACUUCCACGCUCAGCUCCACUGCUUCUCAACUCACACCCUUAAGCUCUCUAUCCCCAAACCCAUUUUCUGUCAAAUUUUCCUUCACUUUCCGAGAAAAUAAGAACAGAAUCGCAGUACCCACAAGCUUGAAAUCCCAAAGAUGCCAGCUUUCUGCUCUUCCUGCUCUGAGAGUGUCUGCUAGUUCCCAAUCUGCCCCUACUUCCGUUGAGGCGUCAAAGGUCUCGGCUUUGCCGUCGGAGAUGAAGGCGUGGGUAUAUGGGGAAUAUGGGGGUGUUGAUGUUUUGAAAUUUGAUACCAAAGUUGCGGUGCCUGAGUUGCUGGAGGACCAGGUUUUGGUAAAGGUUGUGGCUGCGGCUCUUAACCCAGUCGAUUUCAAGAGAAGGCAGGGCAAGUUCCAGAACACUGACUCUCCUCUUCCGACUGUUCCGGGAUAUGAUGUUGCCGGUGUGGUGGUAAAAGUUGGCAGUAAAGUAAAGGACUUUAAAGAGGGGGAUGAAGUGUACGGAGACAUAAAUGAGAAAGCUUUGGAGGGGCCUAAAAAAUCUGGCUCUCUUGCUGAGUACACUGCAGUUGAAGAGAGGUUAUUGGCGUUGAAGCCUAAGAAUCUGGAUUUUGUUCAGGCUGCUGCGCUUCCUCUUGCAAUCGAGACUGCUUACGAGGGUCUCGAAAGGACUGGGUUUUCUGCUGGUAAAUCUUUGCUUGUUUUGAAUGGUGCUGGUGGAGUUGGAAGCCUGGUGAUUCAGCUAGCAAAACAUGUAUUUGGAGCUUCAAGAGUGGCGGCCACUUCGAGCACCGGAAAAUUGGAGUUGUUGAAGAGCUUGGGUGCUGAUCUAGCCAUUGACUACACAAAGGAGAAUUUCGAAGAAUUGCCAGAGAAAUUUGAUGUUGUAUAUGAUGCAAUUGGUCAAUGUGAUAAAGCAGUGAAGGUGGUGAAGGAAGGGGGCAGUGUAGUGGCCCUAACAGGCGCGGUAACACCUCCAGGCUUCAGAUUUGUAGUGACUUCUAAUGGAGCUGUUUUGAAGAAACUAAAUCCAUAUUUAGAGAGUGGGAAGGUGAAGGCAGUGAUAGAUCCCAAAGGGCCCUUCCCUUUCUCUAAGCUUGUUGAGGCCUUCUCUUACCUUGAAACCAAUCGGGCCACUGGAAAGGUAGUUAUACAUCCAAUUCAAUGAGAAGGUGCUGUGUAUAUGAUGUUGCUGCCCUCUUUGUAAUAUGAAUGGUAGGCUACUUGAAUGUAUUGUGUUAACUCAAUUGUGACAUGUAUAAAUAUUGGCAAAUAAGUAGAUGCUCUUUCUUUUUGGGUUCUGUUAAACGAACCUUAAAA